AUUCCGGUUCACUUCAAUUUUCAGCUCUGUGAUUUCUAGAGAGAAAGAUCACUGUAAAGAGGAGUAAAGAUGGUAGAAGAUAGUCCGAGAAAUGGAAUGUCAAGUCCUGAAGCGAAACUGGGAAUGAAAGUGGAAGAUCUAUGGGACGUGCAGGAGCCAGAACUCAGUUCGACCGAUAAACUCAACGCCUGUUUCGAGAGUAUACCAGUCUCCGCUUUUCCUCAAGCCCCAUCUUCUCAAGUUGUUGAGAUAAAUUCAGAUGCUACUUUGGCUGAAGCAGUUCAAUUGCUUUCUCAGCAUAAACUUCUUAGUGCUCCUGUUGUGAAUGCUGAAGCGCCUGAUGAUGCUAGUUGGAUUGAUAGUUAUAUGGGCAUGGUUGAGUUUGCAGGCAUCGUUGUCUGGAUUCUGCACCAGUCUGAAAGGGAUGAUAAUGAAUCCCCAAAAUCAGAUUCGAAUUUUUUCGAUGGUUUCUCAGAAGCAGCAGCCAGACCUGCCGUUGCAGCUGCAGCUAGUGAAAUGUCUUCACCGCGAAAACUAGGCUGUUUGAGCCCUAGAUCUGCUGCAAUAACAUCAGGGAACUUUUUCCAAGCCCUUACAUCUUCGGAAUUUUAUAGAAAUACAAAGGUGAGAGACAUAUCAGGGUCAUUCCGUUGGGCUCCGUUUUUGGCUUUGCAGACAUCAAACUCAUUCUUGACCAUGCUCUUGCUUCUGUCCAAGUACAGAAUGAAGAGUAUUCCUGUGGUGGAUUUAGGUGAAAGGAAGAUUGAUAAUAUAAUAACACAGUCUGCUGUAAUUCACAUGUUGGAGGAAUGCGCUGGACUUCAUUGGUUUGAGAGCUGGUGUACAAAGCAGCUGUCUGAGCUUGGUCUUCCUGUUAUGAAGCCUUUUGAUAUGGUCAAGGUGAACGAGGAUGAACCAGUUUUGCAGGCGUUUAAGCUGAUGCGUCAAAAAGGAGUUGGUGCAGUCCCCAUAGUAGAAACUGGUGGAAGAAAAACAGUUGGGAAUAUAAGCAUUAGAGACAUUCAGUUCCUUUUGGUUGCCCCAGAGAUCUACAUGGAUUACAAGUGUAUCACGGCUAAGAAUUUCUUGACAGCGGUUAGAAGGUACAAGGAAGAUCAUGGCGAGUCACCAUUGGUGAAUGACAUGGUGACGUGUAAGAAAGAAGACACGUUGAAGGAGGUAAUAUCGACUUUAGACUGCAAGAAGAUCCAUCGGAUAUAUGUUGUAGAUGAUGAUGGAAAUUUGGAAGGGGUGGUGACACUCAGGGAUAUCAUCUCAAAGCUAGUUCACGAGCCGCGAGGAUAUUUUGGGGAUUUCUUUGACGGAGUGCUACCACUUCCGGCUGAUAGCAGGGUUUGAACAAGUUGGGCUGGCUGGCAACAAAUAAUAACGGCUAAUGAAACUCGUUCUUAAUAAAUUUUGGUUCGAUUGUUGAUAUGCGUGUUUUAUGAGGUCGUGUGAAUGUAAUGUGUAACAUAGAGACGAGAAAGCUCUUUGUUGUAAGAUAUGGUAAAAGAGUUCAUUCUACUUAGUGAAUUUCAGUCUUUAAAAGAAUCUCUUUAGC